CUUACAGGAAAAGAAGAAUUUAAGUCAUCAAAAGUUUUGGGUUUCAUCUACUGAGUUUAACUGAAUAAGGCGUGUGGCUGAUGUACAGACACUUGCACCUCGGGCUUACCUGCAGAGAGUUUUAGAAAUCAGAAUGGAACAAAUCUUCAGGUCCCCAGCCUCGGGGGUCCUGGGCUCAGGAGCCUCCAUGGUGGACGUGGCAGCCCCGAACAGGUCCCGGUGUCCGCGAAUGCCCGGCAGCGCUCUGGCCCCCGGUCCCCCAUGAGUUCAUCACUGCUGCGCUCUUCUUCGUCCCAGGCACUUAGCCCAGAUCGUGAGAACAGCAUCAUUAAGAAACAGAGACAAGAACUCCAGCUUUUAAUUGCAGAACUGAAAGAGCGUGACAGGGAGCUCAAUGACAUGGUUGCUGUGCAUCAGAGACACAUCCAGGCCUGGGAAGGUGAUCGCCACAAAAUACUGACUUUAGCAGAGCGAUGCAGCUUAUUGACCAGUGAGCUGAACAACAAAAAUGGAAUUAUAAAAUCACUGACCAAAAGGCUGAAGUUCUUAGAAUCUCAGCGGAAUGACAGUCAGGCAACACUUGAAAAUACACAGCAGAAGUUUAAAGAGCUGACUCAAAAAGUAACAGAUUCAUCUGUUCACUGCCAGGCUCUGGAGGAGAAAAAUCAGGAUCUCCACUGCUCAGUUUUGCAGCUGUCGGUUAAAACAGGCCAACUGCAAGCAAGGGAACAGGAGCUCCUCACUAUGCUUAGAAUGAAGGACAAUGCUUUAAUUGAAACAACUGAUCACAUUAAUGAGUUUACAUGCAAAUUGAAAAAGCUGGAAAGUGCAUUGCGUGCAGUGAAGUCCGAGGACUUCUGUCUCAACAGAGAACAGAAGGAGCUCAAACUGACACUGAAAGAGCUAAUGCUUCAGACAAAUAAGCUGAAAGAUGUCCUCUCUGAAAAGAUGGAGGAGAACAGCAAGCAGCACGAAGAAAUCCUUCACCUGAAACAUGAAAAUGGCUGCUUGAAGAAUGAGCUGGCACUGGCAGUGGAGAAAGCCGAGAGGAAGGAUGAACUUUAUCAGUUUGCCAAGUCUAAACAGGCGCGGAUUGAAAAGGAGUUAUCCAGUUUGCGACAGGUCUUUGUAAAACAGCAGAGUGACUUACAGUUCCUUCAUGGCAACUCAGAGAGCCCUCAGGCCUCAAGGCAAAAACAUGAAAAGAUGGGAAGCAGAAGGAGUGAAGAAAACACGGGUGUGAGUUUCUACCACUUGGAUUCUCCCCGUUUGACAACGACCCCGGAGAGCAACACGUCCCAGAGAUCCGUGGAAUUCUCUGGUCAAGACUCCCCUCUGCACAUCAGUGACCUGGCAGUGACUCAGCCAACAAGCAGAUGCUGCAGUGCUGCCAUGGACACAGGCACCAGUUCCCUGCUGUUGAAGCUGCAUCGUGCUGUGGCCGAGUCUGGGCAGAUGAUUGCCCGUCUGAACCUCAGCCUUCUCCCCCAGAGCCCUCACCUCAUUCCAAACAGCAGCCACAUGGAUACAGUAUAGAUUGUUCUCCCAGGACUAGGUUGAGGUGCUCAGGAAUGCUGAUUGGGGACAUCCCAUUCCUUGUGCUUGACUUGCACUCCAUUAGCAAAGCACGAGGGGGAUAUUGUUUAUUGAGAGACAAUUCCUGCCUGCCUUAGCUGCAAGUACCUGAAUUUUUUAUAGGAUUCUCUUAGAGGAUCCUCAAGGUCAUGACAGGAUUUGACUUUUGCAUGUGUCUAAACAGAUGGAAGGAAGAAGUCAUUUUGGGCCAAGCUGUAGGAGGCCUAGAAAAAAAAAGUGAACACUGGUUCUUUCUCACUUGAAGCACUUGAGAUGAUUUGUCAGGCUCAGUGCACACUCACCACGCUGCUGCCCCAGAGGCUUAGAGUCAGAACUGCUUAUUAUUGUGUUCAUGGAAAGGAGGGCAGUGUAGGGAAUAGGUGUUAUGUAGGAUAGUUUGGGGCAUGAAUUUAAACCAGACACGCAGCUUAAAUAGAUUCAGGGGGGUUGUGGGUUAAUAAUUUUAGUUCUUUCAUUGCAGGGUCAGAGAAUAUACUCAGUGGUCAAAGAAAAAACCUGUAUGUGGCUGUGUGGCAGUUUAUUUUAUGAGCAUGAGCAGCGAUAGGGAGUUGCUGUUGGGUAUGUGGGCAGAAGGAGUAAUUGGUGAAGGAGUCACUUGCUUGUUUUCAUAAAUAUCCAUAAGAAUUUCUACCUUGUUUGACAAGGACAUUGUACCAUUUGUCACUAGAAAUGAGUCCACUUGUGCUGAUACACAUCCCAGAGGGAGGAUUUAGGCUCUUGGAUUUAGAGCAGGCUGCUUUCUCCUCACACAUCACCUCCCUCUGAAAAUGCUGGACCACUUUUAGCCUCAGAUGAACUUGGCCAGAACAACGUUGCUGUAAGUAACAGACAAAGCAAUUUUUAUAACAUUCAGAGCCAUAAACCCUUCGCUGUGCUGGGGCUGGCUGAGUGAGUGUAAAGGUUGUUGUGCCAGCGUUCGCACCAACUGAAAGGAGAUUUUGUUUGGCAGCUCCUCUGCAGGAUUUCAUUCAGCAGGGAAGACAGCAGCAGUUUAGUCUUUUGCAAAUCCAUGUAGGAGGAUUCCUGAAAAGCUCCCUACAACACAGGGCUUGCUUGUGGCUCCUGCCCAGCCCCAUCAGCUGUCUGGCUCCUGCUGACUGGCUGGCACAUCACAGCUCGGCCACUCGGGCUGCCCCUGGCUCUGCUUUAGAGCCCGAGCCUGCAUUUUUGAGCUUGGAAAUUGGCUCCUCGUUCAGAACUGGGGCUUCAGCAGACAGAACAUAAAGCAGGCUCGUGGGUUCUGGGGGGAGCAGCUCCUGAGCCACAUCUGUGGAACUCUGAUCUACUUUCAGAGCAGUUCUGGGUAAAAACUCGUCAAGCAUGUUUCUGUUAAUCUAUGCAGGCCAACUAAUCUGUGCUUAAAACCAGGCUUACCUGAGGCUGUUUGAAACUGAGCUUUAAAACAUAAUAAAUACUUUAGAAUUUAAUCAGUAAGAAUUUGUUUGGGAUGGAUUCUGUGCCCUGCUCUGGGGGAGGGAGGAGAAGAGGGAACUGAGAAUGCCGGUUUGAACCUGGCAGCUCUGGAAUUUUUAUUCUCUGAGUCCUUUGAUUUCCAGGUAGGGUUUUUGCAUUACAAUAUAGACGACAGAACUUGCUGCAACUCUGCACAAAAGCCAGUUAUCUGCAGCAGAAGAAAGAGAUGCUAAGCUUCCUUCUUACUCUAUGAUGUUCCAUGAGCAUGAAGGUGUUUUCAACUUGACCUUUAUUUGUUUGCUUCCCUUUUUAUAAAUGCAUCUGCAAUAUUAAUACACAUUAUGGAUUUCUGAGUUGAGCCUGACACAGGAUUCUAAGUGCAUUUCCAGUAAAACUCUUGUGAGUACUGUAACAGCAAACAGAUAUUAAGGCAGCAAAUAAUUCCUUUAGUCAAAUAAUUAAACUUUCCUCGAGCGUGUUCCUCGUCCUCUGGGCAGUCAGAUCUCACAGCUCCAUUCCCCAGUACCUGCAGGCUGUUUAUUGUAGUUAAAACCCUUCUGUGUGUUAUAGAUAACAGGAUCAAGGAUGUGAACAUUGAGAGACUGGGAAGUGUUUUCUAGGGCCAAGGCCAAGGGCUGUUUUAGGAUAUUGUUCCUGGGCUCAGAGCCCCAAAAGUAGAAUGUAUUGAAUAGAGCUGUUUCAGAAUAUCCCAAGCAGCCUUGCCCACAGCAGAUUGUUUUUUCUUUCAGAAUCAGGAAAUUUCUCACUCUCUGAUUAUUUGUUCCCCUGAUGUGGAUUGGAUGCUUGCAAUAGGCACCACAUUGUCUGGUUCCGAGGACAAAAGAGUAACCAGAUAUGGUUAAAAUCCUGAACACCACUCGAAACUGAAUAAGAACCAGCAACAAUGAGGAGAAAAACUGGCAAAAAAAGAGAAAUCUUCCAGUGCUGACACAACCAAGCUCCUGCCUGCAGAGGGAGGGUAUCACACAGCCAGCUGGGUUGUGAAGCUUUGUGGCUUUCUGGGUUUCUUCUCCUAUGGAUCAGCUUCGAUCCAGCAGGGAAAUGGUGCUCAGUUCCCUCUCAGAUAUUCCAGCUGCAUUCCCCGAGCUGUUUCUGCCCUGUGGAGCCAAACCCUCUGUGCCCUGGGGAGUGGGGGUGCUUUGUGGCACCCUCAUGUUCUGCUGUUCCUGCAUUAAACCUGGAGACACUGAGUCUUCUCCCAAAAUCCACCGGGUCUGUGGAGUGCAGCUAAUGGGGCACUGGAUGCUGAGUAGCUGGAAUGCUGAAAUGCUUCUGUGCAGAGCUGCUCCUUUCCUAAAAAGAGCCCCGAGGUGAAAGCAGCGUGAGCUUUUAUAGGUCGAAGCCAACACUGAGAGUUGCAUCCUGAAACCACUGAUGUUCAAAAGUUUCAGGAGCAAAUCCCCAAAAGUGCUGAGCCCUGUGCUGAGGCAGCAGAGUGGGGAGUGUGUGCUGAGCCUACAGAAAUAAUCCCAUUUGCUUCAAGUGAGGAAGAGCCAGUGGAACAAACGCACCCACAAUCCACUGUACAUCCACGACAAGAGUUAGUGACUCUGCAAGUCGCUGCCUAAUGCACAAUUCCCAUUUUCUUUGUGUGUUAAAAGGCACCGAAUCGCUGUGAUCGGAUAAAUCCGAAGCAGAGUUGGUAGCAGGUCCAGAAAUAACAACAUUUGUGCAGCUUCAUACACAGAGGUGAUUGAAUUGGUUUUGGUUGUGUUUGUUGGGGUUUAAAAUUGCUUUGAAACCGUCUGAGGGCAGGUGCACUGACAAACAUCAGGGUAAUUUCCUCUCUGGCUGCCAGGGAUUGAGCCAUUCUCCUCAGUUGUUUUGUCUUUAGAGAGGGAUUGGGUGGGGGAGAGUUGAAGAACUGAGGAAAGCAGUGAGUAAAGGGCUAUAUUCAGUUUUGGACAACAUAGCAUGUGCCACUGCUCCUAAAUGGUGACUCAGGGGCUGGCCAGGGACACAAAGAUCACUCCUUUUCACAAAGCAAACUGGAAAGGUUUUAUUCCCUACCACCCCCUUGGUACCACUGAGACUAUUUUCUGUCUGUUAAGUGCUUUUACCUUUCUCCUGUUUGUAUUUUUACUCUGUUCUUAUUCUGUUUACAGUGUAAAAAUGUGUGUAGUGAAUUGACAUACAUGUGGUUGCUUUAUAUAUUUUAUAUAUUUUAAAGGAAAUGUUCCUGCUUUUUAAAAUAAAACUCUUUUAAAUUUC